GAUGUGUUGCAGAUGUUUUAGUAUGCUCAUUUCCUGCGUGGUUACAGCAAAAAGAAAGCUGAAAAACACUUGUGGUUUACUGAGUCGGUUGUCCUGCACGGAACGUUGCGCUUUCACAAAUCAUUUUCUCUUCGGCUAGCGACUGUUACAGGAACGAGGAGCAAGCUAAGAUGAGGGUAAAAGGAACAGUGUCUCUUUUACUUUAAGUGUUUCUUUCAGAGGUGCAAUGUGCGAUUCAAAAGCAGUAGAGUGUUUAGCAGAAAAUGUGCAACCUCCUUAAAAUAGCUUAACUUAACACAGGAACCUUCAUGGCUUUUGAUGUGUCAGUGUUCUCCUCUGCUCGUAUUUUCUGUUCGAGGCUGCAGAAACCUUCCUGUUUGUGUUACAAACUGUAACACAGUGUGUGUCUGAAUUUAGGUAGGUGCUGAGAUGGGGGACAGUGGUAGGGUGUUGUGGCGUAUUGUCAUCCUGUCCUGUUUAUAUCCGAGUUCCUCUUAGUUGUUGAACCAAUGGCUGAUGAGACAAGAAUAAGAAGGGGCGGGGAGGAAGAAGGGAGCUUUGCUCUUUUUUUUUUCUGAGAGCAGAAGGCUUGUGUUGUGGGUCUGAGUGCAGCUGGCGUAAUGUUUGGGUGUCUCUGAUUCUAAUUCUCUGUGGAAACCUCCUUGCCUUCUUGGGACACUACUGUUUGUUCACAGCUUGAAAUUAGGAAGCUCCCUGUGGGAGCUGAUUCUGUCUUUUGACUUUUUGAAGAGAAGAGUCUGGGAGAUUGAGAUGCGUUUGAGAGAUUUGAGAGGUUUGAUCUAAUUGGAUUGGUAAUUUUGGUUGUUUCAGUAAUUUGUGGAGAGGAUUAGCUUUUUAUAACUCAUGUGAUCUGAUCUUGUGAAAGGCUGUAUUGACUAGUACUGGUUUUGUGUUUUAUCCCAGACUCUGGGGCUCUUGGGACUCUUCUAAUGGUGCUGGAAACUAUGUUGGUUUGAUGUGAGAGCACAAGUAUGUGAGCGCUGUAUAUUUUGCACAGUGUUUUGUCCAGCAGUCUUGUGUGGCAGUCUAGAGUGCCUUAUUAAGACUUGUGAGUAUAAACUUCUGAGUUGUACACAGCUUGUUAGCAAGUCUGAUUGGGCAAUUGCUUGGUGGUAAAGGAAGUGUUGUGUCACUUUGUUAAGCUAUCCUGCUUCCUUUUCCUCUUUCACUCCUUUAGGUUAAGUUUAGACCACAGCAAGGGUUGUGAAGCCAGCACUGAGACAGAAAAAAAGAGGAGUAGCUCCAGUUAGCUGUCAUGUACAGUGAUGUAUUGAAAUUUUGGAGUCACGGGGGUGAGUCGUGCCCUGUGUUCUGCAGAUAAUGUGUGGUAACAAGUGAGGUUUCCUCUAGUUUAUUGUGUGGCAGCAUGUUGGAUCCCUGAGAGCUCAUUUGGGAGUUUGUCAGAUCCAGCAAGGCUGCCUGCCAGCAAGACAGAUAUGGGCAGCAAUUUCUCAGCGGUGUAGUGACUCUGAUCCUGACCCCGGAGCUUGGAACUCAAGAAAAGGCGCCUCUGGCCAAUGGAAAUUUUGUGUUGGAAUACUGAAGCGGAAUCAGCAUCCAGAGUGCGUACGCUUUAAGUCUAUAGCAGACCGUUUUCCUCCUCGACCUCCCUCAAACAGCGCCGAGCUUUCCUCAGGACCUAAAUAUACCCUACGAAGCCAUCUGCGGAGGAUGAAGGCGCAGGCUUUGAUCCUGGCACUGCUGUGCCUGCUGCAGUCUGCAUCCCACAGUGACGCUCUGUCUACUUGCAAGCCUUUGAACUUGGAGCUGGUGAAACAAAAGCGGAUCGAGGCCAUCCGAGGGCAGAUCCUCAGCAAGCUGCGUCUGGCCAAGGAGCCGGAGGUGGACGAAGAAAAGGAGACAGACGAGGUUCCAGAAGAAGUGCUGUCCGUCUACAACAGCACGGUGGAGCUGAGCGAGGAGCUGACGCAGAACACCGCAAGCAUGGCUUCUGAGGAGGCAGAGGAGGAGGCAUAUUAUGCCAAGGAGGUUCACAAGUUCAACAUGACCCGGUGUCCAAAUGACACUGUGAUGGUGUUCAACAUCACAGAAAUAAAGGAAGUUCUGGGCCUAGAGCGCAUGGUCUCCCAAGCAGAGCUCCGUUUUCACAUCAAGGACGUGAAACUGACGGGUGGUGCAGAGCAGAGGCUGGAGCUGUACCAGGGCGGCGGGGACAAAGCUCGCUACUUGAGUUCGUAUUUCAUCACUAGUGAAUCGAAUGAAAAGUGGCUGUCUUUCGAUGUAACACACACCCUGAAAGAGUGGCUACAAAAACCUGAGACGGAGCAAGUGUUCCAGAUGAAGUUGCACUGUGGGUGUAAUGAACCUGUUCAAAAUCGUCUCUUCACUAUAUCAGGUAUUCUCACAGGUAGAGGAGACAAAACACCCCUAUAUAUCAUGAUGCCGAAGAAGCCCCACAUUCUGGUGAUGUCGCUGCCCGUGGAGCGCCACAGUCAGCUCAACUCCAGGAAAAAGCGCCAAGCUGCAGCAGAACCUGCUUGCUUUGAGCAGUCAGAGAACUGUUGCGUGAGGAAGCUUUAUAUAGACUUCCGGAAGGAUCUGGGCUGGAAAUGGAUACAUGAACCAUCUGGAUAUUAUGCAAACUACUGUAUUGGCUCUUGUUCCUAUGUAUGGAACACAGAAAAUAAGUAUUCACAGGUAUUGGCACUGUACAAACAUCAUAAUCCUGGAGCAUCAGCCCAGCCGUGCUGUGUGCCUCAGGUCCUGGAUCCACUACCCAUCCUUUAUUAUGUGGGAAGGCAACAUAAGGUAGAACAACUGUCAAAUAUGAUUGUUAAGACCUGCAAAUGUAGCUGAAUGGACCUCAUGGUUUUUCAUCUCUCCCUGCUGAGCAGUAAGGAGAAAAGACAGCAUGGCACUGAAGCAGCCAUAGGUACAGAAGAAGAACUUUAAUGAUUGGACAGUAAAAUGUAAAGAGAUGGACUCUAUUUCAAUGCUUUCAGUUUGAGAUUCCAAUGUUCCAGUGAUCAAUUACAUUGUAAAGUGAGAGUUGCUACUAUAUAGAGCAUUCUCUGGUGAGAUGUUGUCAGUGUGUUUGUGUGUGUGCAUGGCUGCGUCCAUCCAAAUCCAUUGUUUUAUUAAUAAACUACAGCUCUGGAAAAAAUUAAGAGACCAA